AUGAGUCUUCUCAUCGUUGAGCCGUUCUAUGGAGGGUCCCAUAAACAGCUGGUGGAUCUGCUCCAAGAAGAGUUAGAAGACUGUGUCCUUUAUACCCUUCCUGCAAAGAAAUGGCAUUGGAGAGCACGGACAUCGGCUUUAUACUUCUCCCAGAAUAUUCCCAUCAGUGAACAGUACAGGAUCCUCUUUGCAAGCUCAGUGCUGAACCUGACCGAACUGGCCGCCCUUCGGCCCGACCUUGGGAAAUUGAAAAAGAUUCUGUACUUCCAUGAGAACCAAUUGAUAUAUCCUGUCAAGAAAUAUCAGGAGAGGGAUUUCCAAUAUGGAUACAACCAAAUUCUCUCAUGCCUGGUGGCUGAUGUGGUGGUGUUCAACUCGGUUUUUAAUAUGGAGUCAUUUCUUACCUCUAUUGGAAAAUUUAUGAAGCUGAUUCCUGAUCACAGACCCAGGGAUCUGGAAAGCAUCAUCAGACCCAAGUGCCAAGUUAUUUACUUUCCCAUCAGGUUUCCUGAUGUGAGCAGAUUCAUGCCCAAGCACAAACCAACCCAUUUACAGAAGAUUCUCAGCCUUAAAGGAAAUGGUGGCACUGCUCCAUCUCUGGCCCUUCCUUUCCAACAGGAGCAGAAAGGUUCUGAGAAUGUAUUGAAGAAUUCUAAUUCAGAGUCUGGACCUUGCAAUGCAGCGCCACAAGAAAACCUGGGUAGCUCAUUAACACAGGAGUCAGACUGGAGAACAUGCGACUCAUCAGAUAAUUCAAGUUCUCAUCAUCAGGAAAAGAUACAAAAUGCGACUUUUAAUCCCCGGGACAUUUUGGGUGGAAUUGAUGAUCCGCAAAGGCCACUGCACAUUGUGUGGCCUCACAGGUGGGAGCAUGAUAAAGAUCCAGAGAGUUUUUUUAAAGUAUUAAUGCACCUUAAGGAUUUAAGACUCAAUUUCCAUGUGUCUGUCCUUGGAGAAACCUUCACAGAUGUCCCAGAUGUAUUUUCAGAGUCCAAAAAGGCAUUGGGAUCGUCUGUCAUACACUGGGGCUACUUACCCAGCAAAGAUGACUAUUUCCAAGUACUGUGCAUGGCCGAUGUUGUCAUCUCAACGGCUAAGCAUGAAUUCUUUGGAGUGGCAAUGUUGGAAGCUGUGUAUUGUGGUUGUUACCCACUCUGUCCCAAAGAUUUGGUUUAUCCCGAAAUAUUUCCAGCUGAGUAUCUGUAUUCCACACCUGAACAGCUUUCAAAAAGGCUCCAGAUUUUCUGCAAGAGACCAGAUAUUGUAAGAAAACAUCUUUAUAAGGGUGAAAUGACUCCUUUUUCUUGGGCAGCCCUACACGGUAAAUUCAGGUCUCUGCUUACAACAGAACCUAGGGAAGAUUUGUGACAGAUGGGGCUAAGUCACAAACUUGCAGCCUAAGGCAGAAUCUGUAGAACUUUCCAGAGUGUGCCCAUAUUUACCUGAUCAGAGAGAAAAGAAAAUCUGCAGAGGAAGCUGAGCCUGGCUGCUUGUCAUAGCUGACACAGAGCCAUCUGCCACAAACCUGUGGCGGCUUCAGAUCUCCCAUCCCUGCCACCACCCCAACUCAAAUUAAAUACAGAUUCCUAGAGACGUUAGGAUGGUUACACAUGUCCUCGGCAUCACAUGGAGGAGACUGUUCAAAAAAAAUAUGUGGCCUGUUGUAUAACCGCACUCAUGUAUCCCAUAUGUGGUGCCACAUUGAAUUUCCGGUUGAAUCCGUUUUUAUCCUUUGUACUGGAUGACAUGGUGCCUGAAUUCUUUCUUUUUGCCGACACGAUGGCAGCCAAACUGCAGCUUCAAAAGCUCGCGCUUGGCUGGGUUUCCACCUAGGUUGCCAGGUUAUCAUUGGAGCCUUCUUGUGUCCUCAAAGGGCCACAGGGUCUGAACGGACGAUCAGAAUGCUACCAGGCUAAUUGGGCAGCCAUCUCAGAAUUGUUCGUGGGCAAAGGGCUGCUUUAGCACUUUUAUUUUAGCAAAUUAACGACUCUCUGGCACAGGGGUUUUUAAGUGAAGGUAUUAAUAAGGGGUUUGGCAGGUAGUCCCAUGAUUCACAGUUACAUUUGCAUUUAAUUUAUUUUAAAGUUGCGAGAUAAACAGCUGUAAUUUGGACAAACAUGGGAAACACGCUAAGUGGGGCCAUCUUGCCCAUAAAAGGAACACUGAGAUACUUGUUUUAAUUUUUUUCCUGGGGUAAAAAUAGAGAAAUCAAAAU